UCUAAUUUUAGCAAUAUUUAUGACUAAUAAACGACGCAAAGGGUUGACCACUGGUUCCUGGCUGACCACUGGUGCCGUUACCCUAUACCUGAUAGAUACGAAGAGAAACCACAUGGGACUGAUCUUCCUUAUCUCGCUUUAAGUUUUGUUGUUUUUUUUUAAGUUUUAUUUGGUGUAUAUUAAUAAGUAACAAAUAGUUAUUAAAAUACCUAAACCGAACUAUGGAGUCUGUAUCACAUUUUUUUCUGUUCUUUCACUUUUAUAUUCAUUUCGUUCAUGCGAAAAGAACAAAAAAAUAUUCGCAGCAAAUAUCAAAACGCAAAUGAUGGUUGGAUUCGCGCUAAUGUUGACUUUCUCGAAAUUGGAAUUAAUUACCCAACUAGACUAUUUGUCUGAGGUAUUUUUGUCGACAAUUUCGAGUGCAGAGUUCAUUUUAUGUGCUGGUUUUCCGCCAGCUUUGAGUUGUUCUGCUGUAAUUCCGUCAUUAUUGUUUUUCAGUUAUUUGAGAGCGUUAGUAAUCUCGUAUGGGCUGACGUCUAGGGGUCAAUCGCCUAACAGAAUUUUUGUUUUUUCUAACCGCCGAAGGUUUUCAAAUACAUUAAAUUUUGUAUUUUAUAUUGUUGUUACCAAUACAAAAAAAAUGAGUGCGGGGCAUUCAAAAACCUUCGGCGGUCAGAUAACAACAGGUAUUGUACAAAAUAUUGCUAUGCACUUUUUAAAGUAAUUAUUUUGUAUUUAUUUAAAAAGGUUUUUUGCACAUGGUAACACUAAGUGCUAUGUAGGUUGGAUAGCCGAUGAAUGGUAAAAAUACACUGAACAGCGUUUGAGUUACAUUCUAAAAAUACUUUGUCUAGUUCGCUUAUUUUAUUCUAUUGCCUACUACUUACUCUCAAAUACUUCGUUGUUAUAUACAAUACCUAUAAAUUAAGAUUUAAUAAAAUAUAUGUUUCUUACUUUGCUUCUUCAUUAGGAUGAAAAUUAAACUAUAUUUUGUUUAUUAUUAAAUUCUACCAAAUACUUAUAUAAGGUAAACAAUUAUUAUGUCCAGAUACAAGCAACCCCAGAAUCUUGAGCGGUUAGCUCUUCAUAAAAUGGGUGAUUGGGUUUCCCAGCAAACGGAAUUACAAAUGAAAGCAUUCAAUGAAGUUGCUCAGAAGGACUCUAACGCCGCGCAUCUGGCGCUAGAAAAAACGGUAGAAAACCUUCGUUUGUUUAUGGAAUAUAAUGUCCCAUGGAUGCUUCAUGAUUUGCUGCUCACUGAAACAAUCCGAGCUCUAACAGAACUUUUAGAAAAAAUAAAAAAGUCAUUCGGAUUUCGGAGAGCUAUGGAAAAAAUCGUUAGUAGAAUGAACGUAGUAGUAAAAAUGACUGAAAUAAUGCUUACAAAAUACGUUACUUACGUAUCCGUGGGGGAAACACCUAAAAUGUUGCGUACUGUUUUUUUCUCCAAGUUAAAUCUUCUGAAAGGUCUAGUUUAUUUAAAUUUAGGUUCUUUAUCAGGCGGAUGGAAAACCGCAGAUUUAGAGGGAUCGAUAAUUUCAUCAUUAAAAGAAUUACACUCACUAAAAUGCCUUGUCUUAAAUUAUGAUUGCACUGAUAAUAUUUUGAAAUGUAUAGUACAAAAUUGUAAAUUAAUUGAGAGCCUGGAUAUAUCCGAUUCGAUAACUAUAACAAAUGCAAGUAUAGAUAUUAUAAUUCAAUUAAAAUUAUUAAAAAGUAUACAACUAUACAGAACAUCAGUAAGUCUAGAGGGAUUUACAAAGCUGCUUUUGAAUUGCAAACUUUUAGAAGACAUAGGUAGAUGUGACAAUAUUGGCAAAGUAUUAGAAUAUGUUACAAUAAUUGCUCCAGAAAGGAAUCAGUUUAAUUUAAAAGUUUACGUCAGUCGUUAUGCUAGUUCAAAUCAUUUACAAUUGGCAGUACAGAUGUGUCCUUUCAUUCGGAGCAUGACAGUUUUUCACAAUACGUUACAAAGCGAUCUGAUGAUGUUAAUAGAUCUACAGGACUUGCGUGAAUUAAAACUACUUUCAUGUGAUUUUUAUGCUGAUAAUGUUAAACAGGUUCUUCAAGUUAAAGGAUGUAACAUAAGUGCCUUACAUCUUGAACACGUAGAUCAAAUUGAUUUGAAUGCUUUGAUGUACAUAAGUCAAAUGUGUCCUCUACUUGAAAGUUUUACUAUUUACAAUUGUACUCUCAUACAACACACUUCAUUAUUUACGAAAAAAUUGGAAAUAUUGCCAUUUAGAAAUUUAAAACGAUUAACUUGUGUAGCCACAUGUACCAACGAACAACUGCUAUUCAUACUUGAAAACUGUUUAAAUGUAGAAUAUAUUCAUAUUGGGACAGCAAUUCAAUUUACUGACGAAUUUCUAUUACAGAUUUUGAAUAAAAAUCCUUUGAUAUAUUUAAAGGAAUUGCGUAUUAUGCAAUCUGAUUUCUUGACCAUGGUAUCUGCUGAAACAAUUAUACGAAGCUGCCUAAGCUUAGAAAUUCUCGUUGAAUUGGAAAGUUGGAACUUGUUGUCUGACAGUGAUCGAGAUCAUAUAAAAAAUCACAUAAAAAUUAACAACCUCAAUAUUGACAUUUCGCCUAUACGGCGAUAUGAUGUUUAAGUAAUUUUAAAACAUUUAAUUACUUACAAAUUACACUCGUAUCAUCUACAAUAUAUUUCACCUUCUAAUAAAAUUACAGAGUUGUACCUUCUCAGAUAAAAUAUUUUGAUUACAUAAUAAAUCAUAAUAUAACUAUUUUAUCUAACAAAAAAGGUGUUUUAAUUUUUUACUUUCGAUACAGCAGUCUUACUUUAACCCCCAGAAUUAAUCUGCUCAUUAACCUGUUUUCUAUUUCUAACAUAAGAAGAAGAAGUUUUCUGUGUUCUGUGACCUAUCUAUUAUUAUCUAUUUAUAUUGAUCUCACAAAUUCAAAAGAGACAACUAUAGUCCAGUUAAUGAAGGUUUUCACCUCCAAUUUCAUAGAAUCUCCAUCGAUUUUCAUGAAAAUUGGUGAGUAGGUGGGGGAUCUUAAGAAACAAUAGUGACAUAAUGCCAACUUGCGCUUUUGCCCUAGGGGUAGAUGCCACCCCUUCUCGGGGGUGAAACUUAUUUUAAUAAAAAUAACUCCAGGAGAGCGACAAAUUCUAAGCAAAAUUGGUAAUAUAAAGUUUUUAGAAUAAAUCAAUACUUUCUUAGUUAUUAAAGAUCAAAGAUUGUGAGUUUUCGGGAUAAAAAUACAUGUUUUAAAGCGGUUUUUCAUAAAUAACUCAAAAACUAUGAGCUUUUACAAAAAACUAUUAUUACCAAAAUGGAAGCUAAUAAAAAACAAACAAACCCCUACUUUGUAAAACCUUAUAAUAUUAAUUCAAAGGUAUAGUAUGUAUAUUCUUUUUGGCGAGUACUAAAAUCUAAGUAUUCAGAUCUAAAUAACGGGAAACCGAUGCAUUUUAUGACAUAUACUUCCUGAACACUUUUUAAAGUCCUCAGAAAUACCUUUCUAAUGAGCACUGUAAAAAGUUAAUAGCAUCAAAAUUCAGCAAGUUAUGAUAAAAAUAAAAUGACACUUUCGAAUUUAUUUGGAAAAAACGAAAAAUAAAACCUUCACCAUUUCCAAAAAAA